ACUGUUACUCUCACCACGAAUGCUAGGAUCUUGCUGCAUGUACAUUUUGGCAAAGCGUGCUCAAUAAACUCACUACAGCAUCGGCAUGACGUCGUGGAUUGGCCGCCUAUUUUAUACGAUUGGAGCAAUUCUCCUCGUACAUUCUGGUUACUCGGCGUUCGAACACUUGGCAUAUAUAAAAGUGAUUGGCAAACACGAGGCUCAACUACCGAUCGAUAUUGUGGGGGAAUGUCUGCUUAGCGUCUUGUUGUGCAUACUGGGUGUCGUCCUAGUCGCUGGAGAUCUGCGACCCAUUUCACUCGAAAAGCAACUUUCCCGAAUGACACUGGAUACAAUCGACAUGCGACCAUCCUUCCGGACACUGCACCAUCGGGGAAAGGCAAUUUUUCGAUCAUUGUAGUAUUGGUUGUUCAGUUGAGAAUGAAGAUUGCAGUUAUUCUAUAUUGUGUACUUUCAUGCCUGAUCCAACAGGGUGCCUCAGUCAUGCUGCCCAUA